GUUUAUUGGUACAUUAUUUUUAUAUAUCUAACAAUUGCGAACCGCGCAAUAACGCGGGAUCGACACACUCAUGGUUUGAUGCACAUGUGAUGAUUCGUGAUUUUUAAAGAUGUCGGUAAACAUUUUAAACAGGCAGGCAGACAGCCUUCAGGCUAUGGCGGCUUUGGCCACCAAUAUCCAUGCUGCUAAGAGCCUGUGUGACAUUGUAAAGACAAACCUUGGUCCUAAGGGUACGUGCAAGAUGCUCGUCAACGGCGCUGGCAACAUUAAAAUAACUAAGGACGGUUCUGUUCUGCUAAGUGAGAUGAUGAUUCAGCAUCCCACUGCUAUGAUUUUAUGCAGGGCUGCUUCAGCUAUGGACGAGAUUACUGGUGACGGUACUACAUCCAACGUGAUGUUGUCUUCUAACCUAAUGAAGAACAGUGAGGACCAUAUAUUGUACGAGGGUGUGCAUCCUAAGUUUAUCACUGAUGGUUUUACGGUAGCUGUUGAGAAGGCCUUGGAGUGUAUCGCUUCUUUGAGGGUACCUGUUGGUCCUUGCGACAAGCUUGACUGGGAGAUUCUUGCUAACGUGGCUAAAACCUGCGCUUGCACGAAAUUACCACGUUCUCUAGCACUUCACAUCGCACACGAAGUGGUAGAAGCUAUUAGGCUCAUAUACCGUCCUGAUGAACCGCUUGACUUGUUUAUGAUUGAGGUGAUUCAUAUGCGUCAUCGUUUAGCUUCGGAGACCCAGUUAGUCCGUGGUAUGGUACUUGACCACGGUGCGAGGCACCCAGACAUGCCCAAGAAGAUCAAGAAUGCCUACAUUCUGACCCUUAACUGCUCCUUGGAGUACGAGCGUAGCGAGGUCCACUCUGGAUUUUCCUACUCCAGUGCGGAGCAGCGUGAGCGUUUGGUUUCAUCGGAGCGCAAAUUCACUGACGAGAAGGUGCAGAAGAUUAUAGACCUUAAGCGUAAGGUCUGUACACCGGAAAACGGUCGCACGUUCUGUGUUCUUAACCAAAAGGGUAUCGACCCACCUGCUUUGGACAUGUUGGCCCGUGAUGGUAUUGUUGCCUUACGUCGCGUUAAGCGCCGUAAUAUGGAGCGUCUGACCUUAUGUUGCGGUGGUAAUGCCUGCAACAGUGUGGAGGACCUAAGUGAGGAUGACCUGGGUUUUGCCGAGGUCGUCUAUGAACAGGUGGUCGGGGAGGAGAAAUACACGUACGUGGAGGGCGUGCGCAACCCUCGCAGCUGUACUUUACUGAUAAAGGGAUCUAGUGACUACAGUAUCGCUCAAAUAAAGGAUGCCAUCCGAGAUUGCCUGCGUGCUGUAAAAAACGCGAUUGAGGAUGGCUACGUCCUCCCUGGUGCUGGUGCUGUGGAACUCCACAUAUACAACCAGCUUAUGAAGUACGCUUCCCAGGUUAAGGGCAAGGCUCGUUAUGGCGUGCAGGUAUUUGCGGAGAGCGUGCUUUCGAUACCUAAGACCAUCGCGGACAAUGCUGGCCUAGAUGGUCGUGAGGUUGUGCUGGAGCUUCUAGACAUCGACAGCGAGUACAGUCGUCAGGUUGGCAUUGACCUAUCUACUGGUAAGUACCUGAUUCCCGCAGCUGAGGGUAUUUGGGACAACUACAACGUCAAGCAGCAGACCAUAACUAUUGCCACCACUGUAGCGCAGCAGAUGCUCUUGGUCGACGAGAUCAUCAAGGCAGGCAGAUCCAUGAGCGCAAAGUCUGCAUAAUCUCACGUGGAUUUAACACCGCUAAUCUAAAUAGAUUCAAU